GAUAGCCCACCACUGACGCCGAUAUUUAGCAGAAGCUGACACUGAGGAUUAUCACAACCAGUCAUGGACUGUCUCUGGAUCCUGAGCUGCACUCUGUGUGUCCUCCUGAGCUGGAUACAUGUGGAUCAAGCGGUGGCUGAACCCCAGUACCUGGUGGCCAUUCCUGCAGUUAUUGAAGCUGGAGCUGAGGCCAAAUUCUGUGCAACUCUCCGACAGCCCAGUGGGACUCUGGUCAUGACUGUCACUUUGAUGUCCCGAGAGAAGAACACGACCUUAUUCACACAUACGUCAAAUGAGGCCUUUCAAACCUGUGUUCAGUUUAAGGCUCCUUUGGUACAAAAGGAGGUGCAACAUUUUCAGGUGGAGGUACGAGGAGACACAUUUUACUCCAAACAAGUCACAAAAGUGAUGAUCCAAGCGUAUGAUCCCUUCACAUUCAUCCAAACAGACAAACCCAUCUACCUCCCUGGACAAAAAGUGAAUUUCAGAGUCGUUACGAUGGAUAAUAAAAUGCGACCUGCCAAUCAGCUGUAUGAUGUCAUUGAACUUCAGGAUCCUCACAGGAACAGGAUUGGACAGUGGCUAAAUGAAUCAUCCAAUAGCAGAAUACUGCAGCUUUCUUACUCCUUGGACACUGAGGCCCGUGAGGGACCGUACCAGAUCAUUGUGUCAAUGGGUGAGAGGAAAAUAUCUCACAAUUUUAAAGUGGAGAAAUAUGUUUUACCCAAAUUUGAUGUGACAGUAAAUACAUCUGAAGAAGUGAGUAUUGGGCAGGAAGACAUUGAAGCUGAAGUGUGUGCAAAGUACACGUAUGGACAGCCUGUACCAGGACGUGUUACAGUCAAUGUGUGCAGACCUAUUAAUAAGUACUUUUUCCGUGGUGUAUCAGUGCACAGUGAGGAUGAUUUGGCCCUAUUGCAGAUAAGUGCGCCCUGCCACACAGAGACAAAGCAGGCAGACAAGACUGGCUGUGCAACGUUUUCCUUCAACAUGUCAAUUUUUACUAAAGUUGACCAAAAGGUGCUUCAAGAUGUUCUGGAUAUCAGGGCCAAAGUGGAAGAAGAGGGAACAGGUAUUUCACACCCUCAAGAGAAGAGAAUCAGGAUUUCUUAUGUCCUUGGAAAAGUGUCUUUCAUUAACAUGCCCAAGGUUUGGGAACGGGGAUCUAAUGUGGAAGGAAAAGUCAGAGCAGUGUACCACAAUAAUACACCAGUUUGUGACGCACCGGUCUACCUGUUCACGGGACAAAUGAGACAAACACACUCACUACAAAAUCUGACAACUGACAGCAACGGUGUGGCCUCAUUUUCUUUCAGCACUGAUAACUUUGACCAGGAUAUCCAACUCCAUGCAAGCCUGACACCAACAGUGGACUACCCAAGAUAUAGAGCUGCAUUCUAUGACAGGGGAUUUCACAUAUUAUCCAUGUCCCAGCCGUCUUCUCCUGAUAUUAAAACAAUCAGCUCUCUAGAGGUACAGACGAACAAUAAAGCAGUGGCCUGUGACGCAGAAGAAGACAUAUCAGUAAACUACACUAUAGUGGGAGAGUCUCCAGGGUCUGUGGAUGUCAUUUAUCUGGUGUUGUCCAGAGGAGCUGUCACCAUGCAAGGACAAAAACAGGUUGAAGUGCAAGACAGAUCGGUGACUGAGGGCCAGGUGUCCUUUAAAGUCAGAGUGUCUCCUGAGAUGGCUCCAGAGUUCCAGGUUGUGGCUUAUGCCGUCCUGCCAAGUGAGGAUGUAAUUGCCCACAGUGCUGACUUCUCUACUGACAAAUGCUUCAGCAACAAGGUGUCAGUGGAGUUUUCACCGUCUUCAGCCGUCCCAGGUGAAGAGACCAACAUGCAGGUGACGGCCCUGCCACAUUCUCUGUGUGGUGUGAGCGCCAUCGACAAGAGCGUUCUCAUCAAGGAGCCUGGGAAGACUCUGGAUGCAGAUAAGAUAUUUGACUUGUUCCCACUCAAGAAAUCGUCAGGUAUCCCAUAUGAGGUUGAUGAUGCUACAGAAUGCCUUAAUGUGAGACCAAAAAGAUAUGUUUUGCCGUACCCCAGACAAGAGCAAAAUGACGCCUAUGCAAUUUUCCAGAAAGUCGGACUGAAGAUGGCAACAAACUUGCUUAUUCGAUUGCCUUCAUGCCUCCAGUUCAAAGGAAAAUUUUACCAUGAACGCUCUCAUCGUGUCUACUAUGCUAUGGCUCCCCGGUUUAGAGAUAAUUCUAUUCGACUAAGUAGUCCUGUUGCGGCAUCUGCUGGGAAUCUUCCUCCUGAACCUGCCCCAAUAGAGACAGUUCGCUCUUUCUUCCCUGAGACUUGGAUCUGGGAUCUGGUGGAAGUUGGAGACGAUGGAAAAAGGGGCGUGUCCCUGACUGUCCCAGACACCAUCACCACCUGGGAGACGGAGGCUUUCUGUUUGUCCUCUCAGGGUUUUGGUUUGGCUCCUCGUAAAGAAAUGAAAGUCUUCCAACCUUUCUUCCUUGAACUCACCAUGCCCUACUCCAUCAUCCGGGGGGAGCACUUUGAACUGAAGGCGACUGUCUUUAACUACCUGACCAGCUGCAUCAUGGUUACUGUCACUCCUGGGCCGUCCUCAGAUUACACCCUCACGCCUCUCUCUGGUGAUCUGUACACAUCCUGUUUGUGUGCCAACGAGCGCAAGACCCUCAGGUGGACCAUGAUCCCAACAGCCUUAGGGGCUGUGAAUGUGACUGUGUCUGCUGAGGCCGUAGCGUCCCAUGUGUCAUGUGAUAAUGAGGUUGUGAGCGUACCAGACAGAGGUCGCAUCGACGUGGUCACCAAAUCUCUCAUAGUGAAGGCUGAGGGAACUGAGAUGACAAAGACGUACAACUGGCUUCUUUGUCCAAAAGGAAGCCCGCUGACAGAGGAAGCAGAGAUACAUCUGCCUGAGAAUGUGAUAGAAGGAUCUGCCCGCACUUCUGUAUCAGUCCUGGGUGACAUCCUCGGCCGGGCUCUGAAGAACCUGGAUGGAUUGCUGCAGAUGCCGUAUGGAUGUGGGGAGCAGAACAUGGCUCUCCUGGCCCCCAACAUCUACAUCCUCCACUACCUGAAAGGCACACAGCAGCUCACCACAGCCAUCAUGGAAAAAGCUACUAACUUCCUCACCAGUGGAUACCAAAGACAGCUCAACUACAAAAGUGCUGAUGGUGCUUACACCACAUUUGGAACAGGACCAGGAAACACUUGGCUGACUGCGUUUGUGGUAAGAAGUUUUGCCAAAGCUCAGUCUUUCGUCUAUAUUGAUCCCAGAAAGAUCGAAGAGUCUAAGUCCUGGCUGCAACAUAAACAACAAGAAAAUGGCUGUUUUGAAAAGUCUGGGAAACUCUUCAAUAACAGAAUGAAGGGUGGUGUAUCUGAUGAAGUGACUCUCAGUGCGUACGUUACAGCUGCCUUCUUGGAAAUGAAUACAUCCCAACAUGAUCCUGUGAUGAACAAGAGCCUGGCUUGUCUCAAGCAGUCUCUCAGUGACCUGAGCAACACCUACACUACAGCUCUGCUGGCCUAUGUGUUCACUCUGGCAGGAGACGUGGAGACCCGAGCUCACCUUCUGCAGCACUUAGACACAGUUGCAGUGAGAGAAGGAGGUUUCCUCUACUGGUCUCAGACAGCAGCAGAAACAUCAGCCUCCCUGUCAGUGGAGAUCAGUUCUUAUGUGCUGUUGGCCAAACUCAGCGCCUCCCCGACUGCUGAGGAUCUGGGAUAUGCCUCUGGUAUUAUCAGGUGGCUGACUGGGCAGCAGAACUAUUAUGGAGGCUUCUCCUCCACUCAGGACACGGUGGUGGCUCUUCAGGCUCUGGCUCUCUACUCCACUCUGGUGUUCAGUCCUGAAGGUUGGAGCACAGUGACAGUUCAGGCUCCCAGCAGUCAGCUGACAUUUGAUGUAAAUCAGAGCAACAAACUGCUCUACCAGGAGGAGGCGCUGCAGGACGUGUCAGGAAAAUACAGCCUGGAGGUGAAGGGCACUGCAUGUGCUUCAGUGCAGAUUUCUGCCACCUACAACAUCCCAACACCUGCUGAUGUCACCACUCUCAGUGUGAAAGUCCAACUAGAGGUCAACACCACCAGUGAAUCUGCUAGACCCAAAUUCACUGUGCAAAUACAAUCGCUGUACAGUGGAAAGGAGAAAACUACAAACAUGGUGAUCCUGGACAUCAAAAUGCUCUCUGGAUUUUCCCCAGACCCCGAGUCUUUGAAGAGUCUCAAACAUGGCCUCCUGGUGAGUCGUGUUGAACAAAAGGAGGAUCAUGUUCUGGUGUACUUAGAGGAGUUACCAAAGGACACGCCCAUCAACCACAGCUUAGACAUCAUCCAGGAGCUCCCAGUGGACAACCUGAAGCCAGCCGUGGUCAAGAUCUAUGACUACUACCAACCAGGUGACCAGGCUGAGACCCAAUACAUGUUUGUCUCGUGAGCUGCAGUUUGAAGAAGGUGUGGCUGGUCCUGAGGUUUCAACCUGCAUUUUAAUAAAGAUACUUUUUCUGCUCA